GCUGGUGACCAGCUUCUUCUACCUGGGCACCUUCAGCUUGCCCUACUGCUGGAAGCUGGGUCUUGGUGCGCUGAUGGGAUGUUGGGGUAUUGGUCACGACGCAGGUUUGAUCGCUGUACUUUGUGCUUGGCAUUUUCUCAAUCUCAUGGAGCAGGUGCUUCCAGCUCCUUCCUUCCAAGUGAGGGCCAGUAUUGGCCGCCGCGUGAAUUCCAUCUCGGUUUGGGGAGCAGGACUCUUAUCCGAACCCCUGUGCAGAGUGAACGGCGGCACUUGGAAUCUCUACAGCGACAUUUCAGUGAUGCAGCGGCGUCAUGCGAACAGCAUCCAGCAAGAGGAAAACAGGGUCGGGCUGCUUUACGGACAUGGCGGUUGCAAAGCGUGUGAGGUCUUGACUUUAAGUGAUCUUGAGCAGACCCUGAAUGUUACAGAGGUACACUAUUGCUCCUGGCUGGAAGAUGUGGCCUUUCAAAGAAAAUCGGCCGAGUACCUGUGGAUGCUGGUCUGUAGCGCAGGCGCUGUGCAUAAAAUGCGCUUUUUGUCGACAUGGCUCUUGUUCUUGCUGCGGCAACAUGCAGCAACUCACACAACUUGCGGUUGUGGAGAGGUAUGA